UGGCCUACUAUCAAUUACGAGCGAACAAGACUCACUGACUUUAUAAUCGUCUCGCUGUUGAGACUGACUACAGCUCGUUAAAUUCAGUCCGGCACGAGAAUAAACUAGACUUCCUGCUAAAACCUUCACAAUAAAACUUUGGUCUCGCUGCGGGAGAGUAAAACACAGCAAGUUAAGCAUACGCGGUGACUUUAGACGUCGACUUUAGGCUAAACAUCGAAAAAAAAGACCCGCUGUCGAGCAUUAGAGAUGAAUGUAAAAAAAAAAGCAGGGGUAUAUCUGCUAAAGUGUCUUAAAUUAUAGACAAACCGACCGCACAACGAAGGACGAAGGAAAAAACAAAGCUACUUUAUUCGUGGUCAUUUUUUCUUAACUUCAACGCCCUUGCUGGAUUUUCUCUCCACAGGCCAGGCUGUUACGCUUUCUCCCUGAGAGCUGCUGUCAUCUGGCCCUGUCUUUAGCUGUGCCUGAACUCAUCAGGCUCCAGAUAAGCAUGUCAUCUUCAUAUGCUGCUGCUAUAUCAGCCCUCAUCACUUCAAACUCACUGAAUCCACCCAUCAAGCCAAGGACUAACCCCUCCCCAGGCAUAUCAGUGCGUCCCAAACCUUCACCACCACCCAGCAAAGCUGCCCACUGCCCUCCAGCUGCACAGACACAUCCUCGUUCCCCCGAGCCUCUGGCAGCUUAUGAUGAGCAACAGGAGAACCCUGAAGACUAUGACAUUGGUGGCUACUAUCACGUAGAGAUUGGAGAGAUUUUUGUUGACCGCUACCAGGUGGUUAAAAAGUUGGGAUGGGGUCACUUCUCUACUGUGUGGCUCUGCUGGGAUAUGGAGAGGAGGCGUUUUGUGGCUCUGAAGGUGGUGAAGAGUGCUCAAACAUUCACAGAGACGGCACUGGAUGAGAUCAAACUUCUGAAAUGUGUAAGGGAUAGUGACCCUAAAGAUCCACAACAUGAGAGAAUCGUGAACCUCAUAGAUGACUUCAGGAUUACUGGAGCAAAUGGAGAGCACAUCUGCAUGGUUCUGGAGGUGCUGGGCCAUCAGCUGCUGAGGUGGAUUGUCAAAUCCAACUACACUGGUCUCCCCCUUCCCUGCGUUAAGAGCAUCCUCCGACAGGUCCUGCAGGGUUUAGAUUACUUGCACACUAAAUGCAAGAUCAUCCACACAGACAUCAAGCCAGAAAACAUCCUGCUGAGAGUGGACGAGGUUUACAUUCGGAAACUGGCGGCCAACACCGAGCUGUGGCAGCUACCAGUGUCCCCUGCUGUCGCCAGCUCCUCAGUGAACAGAUCCUCCAGAGAAAAACAGAGUUUGUCCAGCUUGUUGGGGAAGCUGACUGGGGUUUUCCACACUCUUGGAGAGUGGUGUUCAGCUCACAUGUUACCCAUGCAGUCCAGCAAGGUGUCCAAGAACCCCAUGAAGCGACUGACAAGGAGAGACAAGAGUCGACGAGGACAGGAGAGCGCACCUGACCACCUUCAAAAAGACAAACUUAGUGUGUCCUUCUCUGAUGUCACCGCUCCCGCUGGUGCCCGUAGCUCCACCUGUCUCUCUAAACUCACAGGUCCUAAACUCAAAUUCAGGAGGCAUACCUUGCUAUUUGAAGACAGGCUCGACUCAGUUCCACACGGUCCCGGAGACUCCACCCGCUCGUGGACAGACCUCCACACAGAUGCUCCUGUCUCUGGCUCCAGAGCAGUGUUAUUACAUCAGAAUGGAGAAAAAGAGCUGUCUAAACCUGCACCAUCCUCUCCCAUUGGUGACUCGGAUGUGCUUCUAGACCUACUCAGGCCCGAGAGUGCUGACAAAAUCGUCGUUAAGAUUGCUGACCUAGGCAAUGCCUGCUGGGUGCACAAACACUUCACUGAGGACAUCCAGACGUGUCAGUACCGCUCUGUGGAGGUUCUGAUCGGCGCUGACUAUGGCACACCGGCCGACAUCUGGAGCACCGCCUGCAUGGCUUUCGAGCUGGCUACAGGGGAUUAUCUGUUCGACCCCCAGUCAGGAGCCACAUUCACCCGCGAGGAAGAUCACAUUGCCCACAUCAUUGAGUUGCUAGGACAACUUCCAUCCCAGUUUGCCCUCUCAGGGAGAAAUUCCAAACGAUACUUCAACCGAAAAGGACAACUGCGACACAUCUCAAAGCUGAAGCCAUGGAGCUUGUUUGAGAUCCUGCUGGAUAAGUACGAGUGGCCACGGGAGGAAGCCGCCCAGUUCAGCUCCUUCCUCCUCACCAUGCUUGAUCUGCUGCCAGAGAAAAGAGCCACCGCUGCCCAAUGUCUCAAACACCCCUGGAUCAUAUCCUAGACAUGUCGGUUCUGUCUUGUUCAGAGCCCAGUGGGAUAGCUCUCUCAGGAGCAGGCAUGGACACAUCACACAUGACACGGGGACUCGGACUGCUGUGGGAUGUACAGUGGUAUCAGGUGCUGGCAUCACAAGCACAGCUUUCGUUGAUAGUUAUUAGCCCGAGGGAGAGCCGUUUCCCUGUCGGGUUAAUUUGACUUUUAGUAUUGCAAUAGCAGUCACAUUUAAUUCAGGCACAGAAAUUACAAAAGAGAAGUGUAUUCUUGGAAAACCACCUUAUGAUGUGAUCACAACAUAUUUGAUUGUCAAUAAAUUUACACAAGAUUG